CUUGCAAUCUGACCUCCAAAUACCAAGGAGCCCUGACUGGGAACUUUGAAAGUCAGGAGAAAAGAGAGAAAAAAGAAACAACCUAAAGCUUGUGUCAUUCUUUUUGACCGGCCACCCCCUCCUCCUUCCCUAUACCCCCUUGGACUAUUUAUAUCUAUUUUUUUUUAAAUCUGGAUGAGACAAUCUGGAAAGAGCUGGUUCACUACCAAAACUUCUCGUCGUCCCACCCGUGUCGCUGCUGCUGUUGUAGUUUAUUCCCCCUUUUUUUUCCUUUCCUUUUUCUGUGCUUUAGUUGCCUUUGCACGCAGCGGGCAGGGAAGUGAUCUGACUUUGUGAAUUUUGGAUGCGCUGAGCCGAGCCGGCACGGUACCACACCAGUCGGCUUCCACGGUAUAUGGACGUGGUGGGCUGCAAGGCAGAAGCAGCCGCUCGCACGUUGCGCCCAGGACAGGGAGCCAUGCUUUUCCACGGGAUCUCCGGGGACCACAUCCAAGGGAUCAUGGAGGAGAUGGAGAGAAGGUCCAAGUCGGAGUCUCGCCUGGCCAAAAGCAUGCAGAUCAACGGUAGAGAGACGACCAUGCCCUCCAUGAGCCCGGAGAAGCCCGCUCUGUGCGCCGGCUGCGGGGGCAAGAUCUCGGACAGAUACUACCUCCUGGCCGUGGACAAACAGUGGCACCUGCGUUGUCUCAAAUGCUGUGAAUGUAAAUUAGCGCUGGAGUCGGAGCUAACGUGUUUUGCCAAGGAUGGCAGCAUCUACUGCAAAGACGAUUACUACAGAAGGUUCUCGGUGCAGAGGUGCGCGCGCUGCCACCUGGGCAUUUCCGCCUCGGAGAUGGUGAUGCGCGCGCGCGACUCCGUCUACCACCUGAGCUGCUUCACGUGCACCUCGUGCAACAAGACGCUCACCACGGGCGACCACUUCGGCAUGAAGGACAGCCUGGUCUACUGCCGCCUCCACUUCGAGAGCUUGGUGCAGGGAGCCGACUACCACCCCCAGCUCAACUUUGCAGAGUUGGCCGCUAAGGGCGGCGGCGGCCUCGGCCUGCCCUACUUCAACGGCACUGGCACGGCGCAGAAGGGCCGGCCGAGGAAGAGGAAGAGCCCCGCCAUGGGUUUGGACUUACCGAGCUACAACACAGGCUGCAACGAGAACGACGCGGACCACUUGGACCGAGACCAGCAGGCCUACGCGCCGACGCAGAAGACCAAGCGCAUGCGGACCUCCUUCAAGCACCACCAGCUGCGGACAAUGAAAUCCUACUUUGCCAUCAACCACAACCCGGACGCUAAGGACCUCAAGCAGCUGGCCCAGAAGACGGGCCUGACCAAAAGAGUUCUGCAGGUUUGGUUCCAAAACGCGAGAGCCAAAUUCAGAAGGAACGUUUUACGACAGGAGAAUGGAGGUGUUGAUAAGGCUGAUGGCACCUCACUCCCUCCGCCCUCGUCCGACAGUGGGGCCCUGACCCCCCCCUCCAGCGCGGCCACGCUAACAGACCUGACAAACCCCUCGAUUACUGUAGUGACCUCCGUCACCUCUAGUUUGGACAGCCACGAUUCGGGGAGCCCUUCACAAACUACCUUGACGAACCUUUUCUAAGCUAGCAGACUGUUUAUUUUUUAACUGUUAUUUUUCCUCUGAUUCAUUUUUUUUGUUUGUUGUUUUUUUUAAAUUGACCUUUAAAUCAAGCAGAGAAGAGAGAAGAAGAGCAGUGGCCACGUCAAAUUAUUUCACGAUGAACAAAUGUGUAGCAUUUGAAACCUCAUGGCAGUGACGGACUUUGGGACUUUCAGAAAAUCAUUGGGGGCGGGGAAAAAAUACAAUUCUUCAUUUGUACAUUUGUAUUGAAUGAUGACAAAUUGAGCCCUUUUUAAUUCAUGCUGAAUUGGUGAAUUUUGCCCUCCCAAACUUGUAUUUUUGUUUGUCCUUUGGGAAGCAAACUUGUCGAAUGUUCUGUAGAUGGCUCCAAAUCCACAAAAAAAAAAAAACACUCUUUCAAUUCUCUUUUUGAAUGUCUCCCAUUUGUACGGCACUUGAAUCAGACUUGAUGAUUAAAAACCCCAAAUCGAUUUUCGGGAUCGAUUCAAACAGCGGUAAACAACAAUGCAAUUGCGACGACGAAAAUUAGCUCGAGCGGUCGAUGGAAUGACGUCAUGUUGGCCUGCUGGAUGAAUUGCAGUAAAUGGAAUCCAGUAAAAGCAUCCGCAGAUUGAGUCAAUUGCACAAAAGCCCCCCCCCCCCCGUAAAAAGUGCAUUAUUGUUUUAUCAUGUUGCUCAGGGUGAUGUUUUUUUUUUUUUUUUUAACGGAAAAGGGAGCGUAGUAUAACAAUUGACUGGAUUUGUAGAGCUGACAUUGAAAAAAAUAAAAAGACCUCAACUAGUUGAAGUUCGGCGCAGGUGAAAAAAAAAAAGUUUUCUCCUAAUAUUGCCACUGAUCAGACCAAAAAAAAAAAAAAAAGAAA